UCGCAAACGACGCGAUAUUCCCGCCCCUCAGUAUAGAUCGAUAGGUGCGCCUCGUAUCUGCAACGCCAAUAUAUGUAAAGAUGCCAUACGAGACCGGAGUAGAGCACCAAAUUUACAAUAUGCGUUUCUCCCUCUGCACCAUACUUGCCACCAGCUCCGUCGUGGUCAACGCGGCCCUCAACGGAGAAGAAUUCUGGACCAGAGAAAAGGGUGGGAAGACGCAAGCGUGCUUCCACGAAGGCAACGACUGGUAUUAUUGCACUGCAGCACUGCCGGGUUCGUGGCGAGACUACCCAUACGCUUUGGCGAUUGGCGAUGGCUACUAUGUCGAGCUGAACGCCGAUGGGAAGGGCUUAGUCAACAUCUUUUCUGACAAUGGAUGGUAA